GCGGGCGGCAUGGAGGAGGCGCACCUGCUCCCGGCCGCCGACGUGCUGCGCCGCUUCUCGGUGACGGCCGAGCGCGGCCUGAGCGCGGAGCAGGUGACAGGCGCGCGGGAGCGCUACGGCCCUAACGAACUCCCGACCGAGGAAGGGAAGUCCCUGUGGGAGCUCGUGCUGGAACAGUUCGAGGACCUCCUGGUUCGAAUCCUGCUGCUGGCCGCCCUGGUCUCUUUCGUCCUGGCCUGGUUUGAGGAGGGCGAGGAGACCACGACAGCCUUCGUGGAGCCCCUGGUCAUCAUGCUGAUCCUUGUGGCCAAUGCGAUCGUGGGCGUGUGGCAGGAACGCAACGCAGAGAGUGCCAUCGAGGCCCUCAAGGAGUAUGAGCCUGAGAUGGGCAAGGUGAUCCGCGCGGACCGAAAGGGUGUGCAACGCAUCCGUGCCCGGGACAUCGUCCCUGGAGACAUCGUGGAAGUGGCAGUGGGAGACAAAGUGCCCGCUGACCUCCGUCUCAUUGCCAUCAAGUCAACCACGCUGAGAGUGGACCAGUCCAUCCUGACCGGUGAAUCUGUGUCUGUGACCAAGCACACAGAUGCCAUCCCAGACCCCAGAGCUGUCAACCAGGACAAGAAGAACAUGCUGUUUUCUGGCACCAACAUUGCAUCGGGCAAGGCGGUGGGUGUGGCAGUGGCCACAGGCCUGCACACCGAGCUGGGUAAGAUCCGCAGUCAGAUGGCUGCCGUGGAGCCAGAGCGGACGCCCUUGCAGCAGAAGCUGGACGAGUUUGGGCAGCAGCUGUCUCGCGCCAUCUCCGUAAUCUGCAUGGCCGUGUGGGUCAUUAACAUCGGUCACUUUGCCGAUCCCGCCCAUGGCGGCUCCUGGCUUCGAGGUGCCGUCUACUACUUCAAGAUCGCUGUGGCCCUGGCUGUGGCUGCCAUCCCCGAGGGCCUCCCGGCUGUCAUCACUACUUGCCUAGCACUGGGCACACGGCGCAUGGCCCGCAAGAAUGCCAUUGUGCGGAGUCUGCCCUCUGUGGAGACCCUGGGCUGCACCUCGGUCAUCUGCUCGGACAAGACGGGCACGCUCACCACCAAUCAGAUGUCGGUCUGCCGGAUGUUCGUGGUAGCUGAGGCCGGAGCGGGUACCUGCCAUUUGCACGAGUUCACCAUCUCGGGCACCACGUAUGCCCCUGAGGGCGAAGUGCGUCAGGGAGAGCGGCGAGUGCGCUGCGGGCAGUUUGAUGGGCUGGUGGAGCUGGCGACCAUCUGUGCCCUGUGCAAUGAUUCAGCACUGGACUACAACGAGACCAAGGGUGUGUAUGAGAAGGUGGGAGAGGCCACGGAGACGGCCCUGACUUGCCUGGUGGAGAAGAUGAAUGUUUUUGACACGGACCUGCAGGCUCUCUCCCGGGUGGAGCGAGCUGGCGCCUGCAACACGGUCAUCAAGCAGCUGAUGCAGAAGGAAUUCACCCUGGAGUUCUCCCGAGACCGGAAGUCCAUGUCAGUGUACUGCACGCCCACCCGCCCUGGCCUGGCAUCCCAGGGCAGCAAAAUGUUUGUGAAGGGGGCUCCUGAGAGUGUGAUUGAGCGCUGCAGCUCAGUCCGUGUGGGGAGCCGCACGGUACCCCUGGACACCACCUCCAGGGAGCAGAUCCUGGCCAAGGUCAAGGAUUGGGGCUCAGGUUUGGACACGCUGCGCUGCUUGGCACUGGCCACCCGAGACAAGCCCCCGAGGAAGGAGGACAUGCAACUGGAUGACUGCAGCAAGUUUGUGCAGUACGAGACGGACCUGACCUUCGUGGGCUGCGUGGGCAUGCUGGACCCUCCGAGGCCCGAGGUGGCUGCCUGCAUCGCACGCUGCCACCAGGCAGGCAUCCGUGUGGUCAUGAUCACAGGGGACAACAAAGGCACGGCCGUGGCCAUCUGCCGCCGGCUUGGCAUCUUCGAGGACACGGAGGACGUGGCGGGCAAGGCCUACACAGGCCGCGAAUUCGAUGACCUCAGCCCCGAGCAGCAGCGCCAUGCCUGCCGCACGGCCCGCUGCUUCGCCCGGGUGGAGCCCGCCCACAAGUCCCGCAUUGUGGAAAACCUGCAGUCCUUUAAUGAGAUCACCGCCAUGACAGGAGAUGGGGUGAACGAUGCCCCAGCCCUGAAGAAAGCGGAGAUUGGCAUUGCCAUGGGCUCUGGCACAGCCGUGGCCAAGUCAGCAGCGGAGAUGGUACUCUCAGACGACAACUUUGCCUCCAUCGUGGCUGCGGUAGAGGAGGGCCGGGCCAUCUACAGCAACAUGAAGCAAUUCAUCCGCUACCUCAUCUCCUCCAACGUCGGCGAGGUUGUCUGCAUCUUCCUCACAGCAAUUCUGGGCCUGCCGGAAGCCCUGAUCCCUGUGCAGCUGCUCUGGGUGAACCUGGUGACAGAUGGCCUGCCUGCCACAGCCCUGGGCUUCAACCCACCAGACCUGGACAUUAUGGAGAAGCGACCCCGAAACCCUCGAGAGGCCCUCAUCAGUGGCUGGCUCUUCUUCCGAUAUCUGGCUAUUGGAGUGUACGUCGGCCUGGCCACAGUGGCUGCUGCCACCUGGUGGUUCCUAUAUGAUGCCGAGGGACCGCAGGUCACCUUCUACCAGCUGAGGAACUUCCUGAAGUGCUCCGAGGACAACCCGCUCUUUGCUGGCAUUGACUGCGAGGUCUUUGAAUCACGCUUCCCCACGACCAUGGCCUUGUCUGUGCUGGUGACCAUUGAGAUGUGCAAUGCCCUGAACAGCGUGUCGGAGAACCAGUCACUGCUGCGGAUGCCGCCCUGGCUGAACCCCUGGUUGCUGGCGGCCGUGGCCAUGUCUAUGGCCCUGCACUUCCUCAUUCUGCUUGUGCCGCCCCUGCCUCUCAUCUUCCAAGUGACCCCACUGAAUGGGCGCCAGUGGGUGGCGGUGCUCCAGAUAUCUCUGCCUGUCAUCCUGCUUGACGAGGCUCUCAAGUACCUGUCCCGGAAGCACGUGGAUGAAGACAAGGGCCAGAAGUGAGUGCGGGGAGCAGAGUGGAGUCUCCAGCACGUACCUCGGAGUGACGGUGCCCAAGCAUUCAUUCGCCCCCACCCCCCACCCGCCUGCACACUUGCCUGCUUGCUC